UGAUGGCGUUGUAAGCUAAUUACUUUGCCCCUUAUCGCGGCUACUAAGACGAAAUAUUACGUAUACGCAACGAUGCAUAACAUUGGCACAAAAACAACACGAAGAUCUGCGACUGGCCGAAAAUUGAAUACUCUUGUAUGACUGAGUAAUGCUUGUAUUAGAAUAGAAUUAUAUGGUUAGAUUUAAUGAGUUUUUUUUAAGACAUGUUAGGGUAGGAGAGAGCUUUAUAGCCGAUUAUUCCUAUAUAUUAUAUAGUAGAUCGAUAAUAAUAAGAUUCUUAUUAUUGAAUAUUUGAAGAAUACCCUCUUCUACUUUGCACACUUCAUGACAUAGUUAUAGUACCCUUCAUAAAGGGUAUCCUAAGUGGAAUGUAUUUAAUGUAAUGUGUAGUGUGUACUUGGCUCUAGUCGGAUUCUAUCGCAGAGGGCGAUCUGCAUGCGCCGCCUUAUCAUCACAUCAUGAUACGAUGUUCACCUAUGUACCAUAUGUAUUUAUAUACAUAUAUUGUAUGUUCUCUUUUUUUUGGGGGGGGCCUGAGUACACGCUACGAUAAGCACACGCAUCGACGAGUGCAAUUAUGAUUCGGCAUGGUAAUUAAAGUGUCUGGCGCGGGGCUGACAUAAGACAGUCGCGUGGAGACUGUCGCUGGAAUCGGGGACACGGUUCGUGGGAGAUCUAAUGAUGGUCUCAACUCUAUUCGACAGGUGCUCGAAGAUGUCAUUGCUGUCGCUGCUGUCGUUGGCCGCGCUGCUCAGCUGCGGCUCGGUGCGCUCUUUGCCUCAAGGUGCACCGGAAACGGUGUGCGACACCAUGCUGCCGUUCCAUGCCGGCGGCACGGUGCUGCCCGAGAACAGUGUCUCGCCCUUUGGCAUUGAGACGUCCAGCUCGGUCAUUGGCCAGGGCCAGACGCUGCGCGUCGAUGUCACAGGUGCGCCCGCAGGCCUCAGCUUCGGCGGCUUCAUGAUUCAGGCGCGCAAUCGCAAUCCGCCCUAUCAGAUUGUCGGCCAGUUUAGUCCGUCGCGCGACGGCACCGUCAAGCUAAUGAACUGUGAGAACUCCGUCAACAAUUCGGCCACGCACAGCAAUGCGGGCCCCAAGCCGCAGGUCAGCCUCGACUGGCAGUCGCCGGUGGACUUCCUGGGCCAGGUGGUCUUCAACGCCACAGUUGCUCAGUCGUACAAUCAAUUCUGGGUGGGCGUGCCCUCCAAUCCCGUCCAGGUGGUGCGUCGUGAUCUGUCGGCGGCUGCGCCACUGCCCACGGCCAGUCCGCCCAACAACUUCAAUGUGAACUAUCCGAGCACGCGCACGCCCUAUGUGCCACCCAGCUAUGUGGCGCCCAAUGUGGUGGCCGUCGCGGAGGAUAGCUUCUACGAUGGCUGCGGUCAGAGCAAGAACUGUUUUGGCUUUCCCGAUGGCUGCGUUGCCAGCAAAUCCUGCACCUCCGUCUCGGCGGUCACCGUGCGCGGCGACAUCUAUGAGUUUGAGCUGCAAUCAGGCAAGGGCACCAAUGCCGCGUACGUGGCCUUUGGUCUGUCGGACGAUGCCAAGAUGGGCGAGGAUCUGACCACGGAAUGUGUGCCCGAAAAUGGACGCGUGAAUCUCUACUCCUCCUACACCUCGGCCAGUCCCUUUAGCGCCUUCAGGGCCAAUGUGCCACAAAACUCGGCGCGUCUGUUGAACGCCUCGCUGGUGGAUGGCGUCAUCUAUUGCAAGGUGCAGCGCGAUCCAAUCACUGUGGUGCAGGGACGCAGCUUUGAUCUGAAGAACGGCGUCUACCAUAUGCUCGUCGCCUCGGGCAGCAGCCUGAAGGAGAACAGCGUUGGCUAUCACGAUAUUGGCCGCCUGCCUUCGGGCAAUCCCAUCAAUUUGGCCGUCGUACAGGAUGUGGGCGGCUCCAGCCAGCUGCUGGUGCGCCUGCACGGUGCCUUCAUGAUCGCCGCCUGGAUAGGCACCACAUCGCUGGGCAUCAUCUUUGCGCGCUACUUCAAACAAACCUGGGUGGGCAGCCAAACCUGCGGCAAGGAUCAGUGGUUCGCCUGGCAUCGCAUGCUCAUGGUCACCACCUGGACGCUAACCGUGGUCGCCUACAUACUCAUCUGGGUGGAGCUCAAGCGCGCCGUCUGGCAUGCCCAUUCCAUAACGGGCUUGAUUACGGUCAUACUCUGCUUUCUGCAGCCCAUCGGAGCGCUCUUCCGUCCCGGUCCGAAUGACAAGAAGCGUCCCUACUUCAACUGGGGCCAUUGGCUGGGCGGCAAUCUGGCGCACAUCCUAGCCAUUGUUGCCAUUUUCUUCUCUGUGAAGCUGCCAAAGGCGGAGCUGCCCGAGUGGAUGGACUGGAUACUGGUUGGAUUUGUGGUCUUUCAUGUGCUCGUCCAUCUCAUCUUUUCCAUAUCGGGCAUCGCCUCGGACCGCCAGCAGAGCCAGCGCAUCAACACGUUCCAGAUGGGCGACAUGACGCAUCAUCAUCAGCACGCGAUGCGCAACGGCAUGAGCAUGGAGCGCAAAAUGGAUGCACCGUAUGGCGGCCUGCGCAAGGGUCUGCUGGGCAUCUAUAGCGUCGUCCUAGUGCUGUUCGUUGUGGUGCUCAUUCUGCUCGUGGUGCUGGCGCCCAUCGAGAAGCUGUUCGAGUAGGCCAACUAAGCUUAGGACAACCUUUAACAAUCUCUUUACACGGCUGCAACUUUUAACAAUUUUGUGCUCAAUUGUUUUCGAUGCUUAUUAUUUUUUUUAAUUUUUUAAUGUAACUCGUUUCCGUUUUAUGUUGUUAUGUGUGAAUUAAGCGCAAAAAAGUGUAACGUUUCAGUACAUGUUAUAUAAUUUAUUAUUGAUAAUGUAAAACAAGCCAACUUAAAUGCGUUCCUUCAAUGCUUAUCUAACGCUAACGCUAUUCAGAGAGAGAGAUGUUCUGUGCGAGG